GCGGCGGCGGUUGUGGUUGUAGUGGCAGGGGUGUGGAUUUUUGUUCUUGUGCUCAUCCCUCGCUCGAGGAGUGUAACUUUACCUCUUGCGCCUUUGCUCGUCGUGCCGUGGAUGAGUUUUUGACAUUGCGUUGUAAUAUAUAAUUUACUCAAAAUGUUGGCCUUAGUAAAUAGAAUUUUGGAUUGGUUUAAGAGCUUGUUUUGGAAAGAAGAAAUGGAACUGACACUUGUCGGUUUACAAUGUUCUGGCAAAACAACCUUCGUUAAUGUGAUUGCGUCAGGGCAGUUUAACCAAGAUAUGAUACCAACAGUGGGUUUCAACAUGCGGAAAAUCACUAAGGGCAAUGUCACUAUCAAAGUCUGGGAUAUUGGAGGACAACCUCGAUUCCGAUCAAUGUGGGAACGUUAUUGCCGUGGUGUUAAUGCUAUAGUUUACAUGGUUGAUGCAGCUGAUCCUGAUAAAAUUGAAGCAUCAAGAAAUGAACUUCACAACUUACUGGACAAACCACAGCUUAUGGGUAUUCCAGUUUUAGUUUUGGGUAAUAAGAGAGACCUUCCUACUUGUCUGGAUGAGAAGGAACUCAUUGACAGAAUGAACUUGUGUGCAAUUCAGGAUAGAGAAAUCUGCUGUUAUUCCAUUUCAUGUAAAGAAAAAGAUAACAUUGACAUCACACUACAGUGGCUAAUUGCUCAUUCUAAAUCUGGAGGUCGUUAAGCGUUCCACCCUCUUUUCAUUGUGUAAAAUCCUGAGUUGAUCCCGGCCCUUGGGCAAUUUGCACAGCUGUUACAUGUUAUGUUGCAUGGCAUUUAGUUUCUCACACAUCUUAAGUAUUACAAGACUGUUAGAUAGUUGAUUGUAUUUGUUAUCAAUGUUUCCUCCUUGGACCCUAUUUUAAGUACAUUCAAAUUUAUGUUACUAAUGCUUAGUUUAAGUUUUUUUUUCCUAAUUUGUUUCUAGUAGUUCUAUUUCCUGGAAAGAAAAUGUUAUUGGUACAUUGUACAUUGUAGUACUAGAUGUCAGUUGAACUAAGCUCCAGACAAGUCACAAUUUCAAUAGUUUUCUUAUGGAAUGGUGUUGCAGUUUGUACAUUGAGGUGUUAUUUCUCAGGGCCUCCAAAUUUAUACUUUGGUGUAAUUAGAUUGGGAUCAGCAUCUUCUCCGGAUAUAAUUGUGCUAGGCAUUAUUUUCUUACAGUUGAUAUCGGGUUCUCAGCUUCACUUAAUUUGCUCAUUCUGUUAGAUCGGUAAAACUUUGCAGAAAUUAAAAAAUAAUUCUUUGGAACAUAUUCUGUGUAGCACUUGCAUCAAAAGGAAACCAAAAUUUAGAGCCAUAUGGGUGAACCAUCCAUCCAUUCCUUUCUAGACAGUAGUUGUAAUAUUUCAAUGACCAGAAAACAUCUCUCUUCAUAAAAUGUAACAGAUAUGUGGGAUGGAUGUAGUAUAAUCAAUAGAUAUGAGGCUCGAUGUACUGAAAGAGCCAGAGCAUUUAACUCAAGAAAAUUAUGUUUUCUUGAGAAAUCGUAUUUAAUCAAGGAUCUGUUUUUGUUUAUUUUGUUAUCUAUAUUCAUGCAAAACUCUUGCCUGUUAUUAAUUUACAUUGACUUCAUUGGUUAUGUAAUCAAAGUGACUAACAAUCAGUUACUAGAGAAACUCAAACGCUAGCAGCCUGUUUGUGCUUCCAGGUCAUUUUACCGGAAUGUUACAAAGUGCAACAACUUCUAUUCUGCCCAUAAUGGGUGUUAGUUAGCUGCAGUGUUUCAGCUUCUCAACACAGCUGGGUCCAAGUGGAGAACGUUGUGGUGUGUAACUAUCAAUUAGAAUUUUUGUGUGAAGUCUCCAUUUAUUGUAUUCAUUGUAGAAUGUGGGCACUUCAUUAAUGAACUGGAACCAAGUAAUUUGGAGUGUUAUGCUGCUGUUGUUGAAGUUUUUAUUCUUAGCUGCUCUUUUAGUCAUUGGUUUUUGCUUUUAAUUUCUAAAGCAGAUCACAAUGCAGCAAUCAAGUUAUAUCUUUUAAAUUUUAUUCAUAGUUUUUAUCCUUUCUACCUAACAUUGCCCCCACUGACAUCUUUCAGCAAUACAACUUAAGUGAAAGGAUCAUUUGAAGGCGGCAACCUUUGUGAAUAGUAGCCACCAUAGGGGGGUAGAAGGGUGUUGUCAUUUUAUUUGUAAUUGGUUUUGAUUUGACAUUGUGAUAGCAUCACAGAACUUCUGUGUGCAUUUUGUAGGUAUGGCAAACUGCUCUCUGAUUGCUGGUUGGAAUUUGGCUGAAAAAAUAUUUAGUGAUUUCCUUGUUUGUUUUGAUUAUUAUUUUUUGUCUUUUGUUUUAAAGUCGAAAAAUACCAUGAACUUUUCUAUUAGAGCAUGUUGCUGUUGUAAUACAUGUAUUUCUUUUCUUUUUGUUUGCUGAUUUCAAGAACAGCUCUUUGCUAAAGUAGCUGUUACAGAGACAUCUAAUUUUUGUUUUGGAAUUGUGUAAAGGCUGGUACAGUCAGUUAGUAUGAUUAAUGAAUUAUAACUGUGGUUGAUCUUUUAAUUGUUGGCACUUUCUUUUUACAAGAUUGUUAGCAUUUUAAUCAAUUCAUUAACUUCAGUUUAAAAGAUGGCAAAGUGACAAACAAAACUUUUUUUUUUAUUUGGUGAAAAACUGAAUGGAGAAGAGAAUUUGAUCUGUUUCUUUUAAAACUCUAAUUGGAUUGUUGCCCCUUUUAAUAUUAGUGAUCUACAAUAUUGUUGAAAUUCUUGCUUCUCAAACAAUGUAACUUAGUGAAAACGUACAUUAACUGGUCACCUUUACCUUCCAAUGUGAUCUCUCUAUCUUUUACUAGAACACUAAAUUGUUUUAAUUUACUUCCACAGUUUUCUUUUUUUUUUUUUACAACCAAAAUACUGGAAACCAUUUAUUUUGUCAUGGCUGAAACUUUAUUGAAUUUCUUCAAAAGAAUGGCUGUAUGCAAAUUAUACAGUAAUACAACAUGUAUAGAUAUACUAUAUAUAUAAAGUGAGAUGUCAUAAAAAUGUUGUGAGACAAUUUUGUUCUAGUCCAUGUUAAGCCAAGCCCCCACUCCUUCAAUGUCAUGGUGAACAUUAUACUUUUGUUGUAAGAUAUUAUGAUGUAGUGUAAAUGCUUUCUAAUGUAAGCAAGUUAAUUUUGCAUUCGUGCACACUAAAAGUUUUCUCUUCUGAAAAAUAACCAACAACAAAAAGAACAGUUUUUAUUUUGGAGACUCUUGUUAAAGAUAUGUGAUAGAAAGCCAUGGAUCUCUGAUAUAGUGCAUAUUUAAAGAAGAUUGCUGGUGUCAAAGAUAUCAUGUAGAUUAUGUGUCUUACAUAUUAAUUUAAAAGCUUCUGAAAUACACAUGAGAGAGUUGUCUAGGUAGUCAUCUCCUCUGACACAAACAUUA